AUGUUCCCCCAUGGCGCUGGUGCAUAUAUUGACGAACUUGCAUCAGUUAUUCCGAUUUCAGAUGGCUCUGUCAGGACAGCAUUGGAUACUGGUUGUGAUGGGAUGUACCAAAAAGAAGUUGAUCGGGUCCUUAGACCUGGUGGAUAUUGGAUCUUGUCUGGACCUCCAAUUAAUUGGAAGACAUACUACAAAACGUGGAAGCGGUCUAAGGAGGAUGUCCAGACAGAGCAAAGACAGAUUGAAGCACUAGAUGAAAGUCUUUGCUGGGAGAAAAAGUAUGAGAAGAGAGAUAUGGCUAUUUGGAAGAAAAAAGUUAAUACAAAAUCCUGCAAAAGCAAGUCUGUCAAUGUAUGCCAGACAGAGGAUGCUGAUGAUGUCUGGUACAAGAAAAUGGACACAUGCGUAACCCCCUCUCCUGAGGUAACCAAUGCAAAUGAAGUAGCAGUGGGGGCGUUGAAGUUUCCUGCGAGGCUUUAUGCAGUCCCUCCUCGAAUAGCUAAUGGUUUAGUUGACAGAGUUACUACUGAAUCUUACCAAGAGGAUAAUAAACUUUGGAAAAAGCAUGUAAAUACUUACAAAAGAAUCAACAACUUGAUUGUCACUACCAGAUAUCGGAAUGUCAUGGAUAUGAAUGCGGGCCUUGGAGGAUUUGCAGCAGCCCUUGAAUCACGAAAAUCUUGGGUUAUGAAUGUGGUGCCUACAAUUGCAAAGAACACUUUAGGUGUUAUUUAUGAGAGAGGUCUCGUUGGCAUUUAUCAUGACUGUGUAUCAGUUUCCUCCGGGGCUUGUUAA